CCAACACAUUAUUAAAAUAAAUAUGUGCCAGGAUUUUGUUUGUAAAGUAAAUUCUAAAGUGUUGCAGUGGAAAACAAAAUCUGAGCAGUAAGAAAAGGUAAAACACACACAUGGACACUUUCAUCAUCCCUAAGCUUUCCCUGACUUUAUACACCAUUCCCCAGUUGCUCCACUGUGGAACAGAGCAGAACAAUUGGACCCCACCAGAAAACUCCAAAAACUGUCACUUGGGCACCUGAAAACAAUGGUGAAAAAUUAAAACAGGAAGAGAAGAAGGUAACCCAGGAAGUGCUGGAGCAGAGAAGGCUGCAGAAAUUGGAGAAGGCAGGGAUUAAAGUUCUUCCUGCUGCCGUUCGCUACAGCAGGUCAGGGAGGACAGGCAUGAGUUCUGCUGCUGUCGUGGUUGGACAGUUUUGGUUGUGCUGACUAACAAGAAGUUGUGAUUGUAACUAUGUUUUUUUUCCUGAUGUGAUUGAUUCACACUGGUGCUAUACUGUAGAUUAUGUUUGGUUUCAGCAGUCUGGCUACUUGGUGAUGAUUUUUGUAUAUCACUGUUCUGUGGAGAGCCUGAUUGACUGUUUGCUCAUUAUCGCUGUUAUGGGAGAGGUUGAUUUAAAUCAUGUCUGUUGUUAACAGUGCAGUGGACGUUUCAAUGGAUGGGUUUGCGACCUGUUUGAGUGACUGUGUUUGGGUUGGUUGACUGCAGACUUUGACUAACUUACAAGACCUUCUAAUAAUUUCUGUGGGCACACGCUAAAGUCCGAAUUUUGCACGUCACGACCUCUGCUCACAGCAUGGCAUGAUGGAUUUUUAAUUAUCUCUGAAAUGACCGUGCUAUGCUGUGCUAUGUCCAACCCCAGCCCUCCCAAAAUGGAGGAACAGGAAGUGAGAGCACAAUCUCCAAACAUUAUCCUUCGUCAUGAUAAUGAGUUUUUGAGCUCUAAGAAGUCUGCCUGGGAUUCCUCCUCUGAUGGAGAGGAAGAAGCACAAGUGCGGAAAGUUCCAGAUGUUCGUAGAGAUGACUUGGCAUCCAGGCGAGCUCAUCGUGGCCCCGUUGCUCCCAAAGUGCAUCAAUUUGUACCUCCACCUGUAUGUAGCAACAAAGAUCGAGAACGCUGGGAAGGUAUUAGACGAGCCUCACAGCAAACACUACAAGAGAAAGAGAUCAGGUCAGCCAUGUGUAUGUUUGUGUUUAUCGCUGUUGUUCUUGCAUUUCCUCUAACUUUUAAAAUGUCUUUCCCAUUUUCCUGUUCUUUCUUUCUUUGGAUGUUGUGAUCACUUGGGGUUUGAUGUGUGUGCUCCAUUUUGGUUUGCAAUGUGUGUCGUGUGAUGGCACUGUACUGGCUCUGUGACUGGACAGUGAGAAGGAAGCAGUCCCUGACAUCAUUACACGCAGAGACAACCCCUUCUUAAAAUCUGCCUCUUGCCACCAGAAAGAGGACGAUGAGGAGAAAGAGGGAGAGGAGGGAAAGGUUAAGGUGAUGCCUAACAAACACAAGGAUGACCUGGCUCGCAGGCGGGCUCAGACUAGGCCCAUCCUUCACAGGGAUGGACCCAUGAGCUUUAUUUCUGCCUCCAUGAGUCAGGCAGAUGUGCAGAAGUGGGAGAGGCUCAAGAUGACUGAACCCAGCCAGGAAGAUAGAGCUGACCUCAAUCAAACUGCCACUCCCAGUGCUCACCUGACACCCCGGAGCCCUGAGGCUGCUAUGACGCUCGCUGAGCUGGAUGCUCGUCUAGCUCAGUAUGAACAGAGAACAACAGAGGAGGAGGAGGACGAGGAGGAGAGGAUCCCAGAUCUUCAGAAAGAUGACAUGAUGGCAAGGAGGACAGGUGUUUUUCAUAAACAAAACACCACUGCUGUGACUUACAACCGUUUCCUGCCUCUGCCCAGCUCCAAGUGCCGCACACAAAUGGAUGACACUACUGAUGCUGCUCCGCAGAACAGAAGGGAGAUGGAGGUAGACAGGAGCAAGAAAUCAAAUGCCAGAGUGGAGCCACAGCAACCCAGACUUCCAAUGGAAACACAGCAACCGCAGCCUGACACAACGGUGAUCCAGUCAACAUUUCAUAGCGAACAUGAAAAUGAUGAUGAGGAGGAGGAGUAUGAACAAAGUGAGCCUGUCCCUGACCUGGACAAGGAUGAUAUGAUGGCUCGCAGGACUGGAGCGUUCCACAAGCCGCUUGCAGCCAGAACAAAUCAGUCCUUCAACCAGUUCCUGCCUGUACCUGGUACAGUAAAAUAUAACAUCAGCCCAGUGUCUGCAAUGAAACAGCUACACAGCAGACCCAAACUCACAGAGAAGAUGGCUAGUGAAAGCAGCAUCAUUACCAUGGCAGUGAAACCUCAUGCCCCACCUUCCCAACCCCCAACCGGCCCCAAGAGUGCAGGACUGACAGAGAGGCAGGAGGAGGAGGAUGGAAAACAAAAGGGAAACAUGAUGUUCCCUUACACCUCUGUCACAGAUGUGAUUGAACCCCUCUCUUCUCCAUCACUCACACCUCCACCCAGUCUCGCUGGUGCUCACAUCUGUAAAUUGGAGGCCAAGCUGGGAAGGCAGAGUGUGAAGCAAAACAUUGAAGAAAGCAUGGAAGAGAGAAAGAGGGAUGUGAAUGAGCAACCAGUAAAGAAACCCUUCUGGCUGACAGAUGAUGAGCUCCCUCCCAUGAUGAUGAGCCGGCGAGUUGCUUUUAUGUCUGAGGACACAGAGAGUGUGAGUAUGGGUGACAUGCUUAACGAGGAAGAGCCGGGGCACUUAACGCCACUCAGCCAGUCACGAUAUGAGCGCAUGCAUGAACAGUACAACAACUUUCGGGAAGAUGAGGACCACUGGCAAGAUGACUUGGCUCGCUGGAAGAAUCGCCGUCGCAGUGCGUCACAGGAGCUGAUCAGGAAAGAGGAAGAGAGGAAGAGGAUAGAGAAAAGGAUGAAGGAGAAGGGGGGUGACGGCAACAAGAGGAAAAGCAUUAAGACCUACAAAGAGAUUGUGGAGGAGAAAGAGCGCAGGGAAGCGGAGUUGUGUGAAGCCUACAGGAAUGCAGCGACUCCAGAAGAGGCAGCCAUGGUUUUACAGCGUUAUGCUCUCCGUUUCACCAUCAGCGAUGCAACACUGGACAGCCUAAAACUGCCUAGAUCCACCUCAAAACCUACAUCAGACCUGAGUCAUGUGGACAGGGAGCACAAACCCUCAUCACCUGUUAAUGAAUCUGAAACAUCAGAACCUCUACGCAAACCAGAACCAGAACCAGCUGUUACAGCAGUUCAGAGGCACACAAAACCUGAAGACGUGGAGACUGAUACAGCAUCAGUUUCUGUCACCACCAGCUCCCCAAUGCAUAACAGUUCCCUCUCCAAAGUGACAAACUCAGAAAAUAUACCACCUCAGUCAUUAGAACUUAACCAACCUCAAUCCAAACCAACAGAGUCUCCAGCUGCAGAUCAGAAACAGCAGAUGACAGGAGAUGCACAGCCUCAAACUCAGUACUCUCCUCAGAUUGUACAACUGCAUCUUCAUGCCACAGAGCUAGGGCAUACACCCCCCUCCUCUUUAUCUCUGCCCUCCAGGACUGUCCCCCUGCUGGCAGCCAAACCCUACUGCCAACCCAGGAACACACUGUCUGGACACAAACCUGUCAAGAUGGAUGGGUUGGUGCGAGUGAAUGGAGAGACAACAGAGGAUUUAUCUGUUCCCACUACACAUGCCCCCCCACAGGGGAUUAAAGAUGUCACCUUCGAACAGACAGAGAAAGACAUUCCCCCUAAGGAGACAAUGAAGAAUGAGGAGACGACAGAGCAGGCGCCCACUCCACAGACCGAUAAAUCGACCCAGUCUUCAGGCUGUGCCAUCAGCUCCCUGAUCGAAGGCCGAAGCUGUAUUAUCACAACAACUAUUGUGACAGAACUCAAACAUGUGGAGCUUCAUCACCCAGAUAGUCAAAGCAAUGGACAGGUUAAUGGUACCUCAGGGAUGUUUGGAAGACCAGCAGAGGGAAAACAGGCUCAGCCGGCCACAUCGCCCAGCAGCAUACAAGAAUACUCUCCCACUGUCACUGAGGGCCUUGAGGAGAGCAGUAUGAAUAUUGAGACCCCCAUGUUGAACUUGGCUAAACGUGUUAAUCACUGGGUCUGGGACCCCAAUGAAGAGCGUAAACGCCUGGAAAGGUGGCAACAGGAGCAGGAGCGCCUCCUACAGGAGCAAUACCACAGAGAACAAGAGAAGCUAAAGAAGGAAUGGGAGAAAGCACAGCUAGAAGUGGAGGAGGAAGAGAGGAAGCACAGCGAAGAGGAGAAAAGGAUUCUAGAGGAGACUGUAACACCCCUCAGCCCCGCUGGCUUGUUGAACCAGGCAGGGACGACCUCCCCGACUCCAGAAAGCAACAAGACAGACAAAAGAAACAUUCCUCUACAGCAAAACAGCCAAAGAAUCUCUAUAGGGAACGAAGAUCAGCAUGCAUCAAAGCUGCAUUUUUUCCAGGAUUUUGCACGUGAUGGCGAGCCAUCAAGGAAACAGGAACUGUGGAAGACGGCCUCUUUAGAUCGCAACCCUCAACUAAACCAGGCGCAUGUUGUUAAGAGAUCUGGAUCGCAUGAUGUUGUAACAGGCAAACAGUCAUCCUCCUCCUCCUCAUCAUCACCACAGCCUCCUUCACCAAGCAGGUGUGUUAGUGGGAAGCGACUAUGUUCUGGUUGUUCGCAACCUCUGGGAAAAGGAGCUGCCAUGAUCAUCGACACACUGGGACUAUUUUUCCACAUACAGUGUUUCAAGUGUGGAGUGUGUGAUGGCCAGCUUGGUGACGCCACUGCAGGGACUGAUGUAAGGAUUCGUAAUGGACUGCUGAGCUGUCAUGAGUGCUAUUUUGCAUCUCGGGGUAGAGGUCAGCCCACCACGCUAUGAUGACCUGCACUUGAACUAGAGCUGCAUCAUCAUCGUGGCAGCCAGUGAUUGCAUGGAGGACAGUACUAGAACCUUGAGUCGCAUUCUAACCAACAGUCAUCUCUUCAAUGCUUCGGAAUCAUCACUUUUUUCCUAAAAUGCAGCUUUAUAGAUGUUUCUGGGAGCAAAACUGGACUGACAUGUGGACUAAAUGGCACAGCAUCACAUGUACAUACUGUAGUGUAUGUGCUUCUUAACUAUACACACGUAUACACUUCUUUUUAAUAUGUGUAGCAUGGAUGUCAAGAAAUCUUUGCACAAUCAUGACACUAAAGUAAGAAUAUGUUCUGACACAAGCUGAACAUGUUACACUACAAGCUAAAUGUCAGUGUCUCCAAUACUUCAAUUUUAAAAUUGACUCACGAACCCCUGCUUUUGCACCGAUCGUGUGAUCCCACUCUCUAAGUGCGUCGAAAACUGGUUUGGGUUGGAUAGCCUGAAGUAGCUCGACCAUUUUAAUGCCUUACUCAUCAUACCUUAUCAUUCAUUUUGUGUUUUGUGUUUACAGUUUUGCAUGAAAGAAAAACACAUAAAAGUUGUUGUGAACAUUACUCAGAUGGUUCAUGUGAGCUCGACAUAGGCUCUUAUCAUCUAAAUAAUUAAACAUAACUUUCCUCUUGUAUUUUGUACAUCGUGAUAUUUUUGAAUUUUGGGAAAGUUGGCUUAUUUACACAAGCUUUUUUUUCUUUAUAAUUCAUUUUACGAGAAUGAAGAUGCAUGCUAUUAAGUAAUAUUAUUUGUUCUUUGAAUUUUAAAUAUUUUCUUGUUAAGAUGGUUUAACCUCUGUGUAUUCUUAUAGACUGCAUCUGAAUCAGUGCCUUAUAUAAUGAAUGUGAGGGUUAGUGUAUGUGCAGGAGUAUUUCAGGGUCACACAGACCUCUGGGUCUUGGCACAUUGUGUGUGGUGAGUGUGGGCAUGUGUGUAUGAAAUCAUGCAUGUAUAGGUCUGUAUGCAGUGUGUGACUUGACUUGAAGCACAGUUCCAUACCAGCAAAAAAUGUUAAAUGCAUCAACCUCCUCUAGUCACCUGCUGUUUUCUCCUACCCCUUUCCCCUUUCCAUGAGCUAAACCAAUGACACAAACCUAUUUGCUGCUUCACCGUUAAAUAUCUCCCAUAUUAUAUCAGUUCACAAUGUCCUAAAAUCUCCUUGUCUGCCUCUGUUGCAAGUGUUGCCUCCUCAGAGUCAGCUGAACUCUGCUCUCUGUCUCACUGCCUCUAUCUGCACACCUGACAGCAUUCAGUUCAUUGUCUUUUAUGGCAAGUGUAUGUUUAUCAAUUAAAUAUUUUA